CACUCAACUGCGAUUCUCCUGGCAUACAAUAUGUCUUUGGUCAACAUACGUAACGUCGAGUUCGUCAAUAACCCAGCAAGAUUCACAGAUCCGUAUAUUUUUCGUGUCACGUUUGAGUGCAUAGCGCCGCUGAAGCAUGAUCUCGAGUGGAAGCUCAUUUACGUGUCUUCACCUGAUCAUCAAGAGCUAGACCAAGAACUAGACGACUGCAUGGUUGGACCUGUCCCAGUUGGGGUCAACUCAUUCGAAUUCGAAGGAUCCCCUCCGGAUCCCAAACUCAUCCCGCCACAAGACGUCCUUGGUGUUGCUGCGAUCAUCCUUACUGCCUCAUAUCGCGACCAAGAGUUUGUACGAGUCGGAUAUUAUCAGAAUACGGAGUAUGAUAACCCUGAGUGGAACGAGAAGCCACCGGAAGGUCCGAUUCAGGUCGAAAGGCUGGCUCGGAGUCUGGCAGAGAAGCCAAGGGUGACGAGAUUUAGCAUCAAGUGGGAUACUGAAGCUGCUGUUGUGCUGACCCAACCAACGAACGGGUUUGCCGCACCGCCAUCUUUCGGGACUUUGUACAGCAGCCAAUCUGCGGAUCACUCAUCAACUUUCUCCCCACCCUCAGCUCAGAAUCCUUUGCAGCAGCCAGGUGCGCCUGUACCGCUGGCCGGUUCAUUUUGAGGCGGCGAGGUGCAUGCAUCUUAAGUGCCAGAGCUUCUCUAGCAACCCGCAACUUGUAUCCACUCUGUGUCAGCACACGUAUUCAUCCAUGUGACUACUGUAUUAAACCCAGUUCAUAUCGACACAUUCAAAGCUCU